AUGGCUCCCACCGGCACAAAUGUUGACGCGAGCAGCGUUUGCACAACGCCAGCAUGUCUCGAGAUUGCUUCGGAGAUCCUUCUUAGUCUUGCUCCCAACUAUACCGAUAUCGAUCCGUGCACAGACUUUGACAAACUGGCAUGCGCGGGCUGGGACUCCAGGCACGCGCCGGCCGCCGGUCAGGGCAGGGCCUCCUCGCUGGGCGAAGUCGGCGACACUGUCUCAGUCUUGCUCAAGGACAUCUUGGAGGGCCCUUAUCCCUCCGGGCCCAAUGCUGGAUUUCUGACGGCAUCUCUAUCCCAAGAGCAAGUUGGUGCCGAUCAAGACAACUUCAAGCUCAUUGUCGAAACAUACAAUGCCUGCUUGAACAAUACCGCGGUCGAGGCGGCAGGCCUGCGUCCUCUGAUUAGUCUCAUCGACCUCGUCACGGAGGCGUUCCCUGUCGCCAACACAACGGAAGACAAGGAACGCAAGGUCUCAAAGGGUGAUGCUUCCAACAUGGGCAAGGCUCUACUGCUAUUUAGUCAGCAUAGCAUUCCGACUUUUGAGUCCAUCGAUGUCACUUUUGAUGAUCUGAACCCGAACAAAACCCUCAUCUCGGUCCUGCCCGGCGGCACGCCACUGCUUACCGGCUCACAGUCACAUAACAACGAAACGGUCGAAGAGUACCUGCGCGUUAUGGCAGCGGUCCUCCAAGAAGUGCACCCUGACAAGCCUAGUCGCGAUAAAUCUGAGAAGCUUGCACGAGCCAUUACUAAUUUUGAGAGGGAAGCAAACGCUUUGAAGGCUACGGAUGAUAGCCGCGAGAGUGACAGCUCACCCGGCAGAGUGUUCAACUUGGAGCAAGUCACUAGCGUAGCACCUGAGCUCAACCACGACUAUGUCCUCAAGAACUUGAUUCCCGCGGAUUAUGAACCCCAAGAGCUCUACUUCUCACCUGCUUACUUCGGCAACCUCUCCCAACUCCUCGCCAACACUACAGUGGAGACGGUCCAAGGCUUCUUCAUAUGGAAGGCAACCUCUACCUUUUCCAGUUACGUUGAAGCCGAGGCUACAGAGCGAUUGAACGAUAUGAAAUCCAAACUGCGCGCCGUAGAUCCGGCAGUGGUCGGUAAGCCCGCGAGAUGGCAACAGUGCGUCGGUCAUGUUGAUGAGGGCGUCCCUUGGAGCAGCCUGCCUUCGGGACUGGGUUGGAUUCUCAGCCGGUUUUACCUCGACAAGGCAUACUCGAAGGAGGCUCGUGAGCUCACGACAAACAUGAUGGGCAGCAUCCAGCAGGCCUUUAUAUCUCGCCUCGGUGAAAAGGACUGGCUCUCUUCUGACGUCAAAAAGGCGGCUGAAGAGAAGGUUAACGCCAUCGUGAAGAAGAUCGGCUACCCGGAUGUGUCCCCCGACACUGCCAGUCCUCGCAACCUUGCAGACUACUUCUCCGGUCUGCAGCUCGGCAACACCUUCUUUGGCAAUGCUGUCGCCUUGGCUCGUUUUUCCAGCAAGAAGGCGUUUGCACAACUCGGCAAACCCAGCGACAAGGCUUUGUGGCUCCAGACACCAUCUACGACAAAUGCGUAUUAUUUCCCUACCUACAACGACAUUGUCAUCAGCGCCGGCAUCCAGCAACAGCCCCUGUAUAGCGUCGACUACCCCUCGUACAUCAACUAUGGUAGUCUUGGUUCCGUCCUCGGCCACGAGCUCACACACGGCUUUGAUAACAGCGGACACAACUAUGCCGCCAACGGUUCGCUCGUCAACUGGUGGGAUAGUCAGAGCCUGCAAGCCUUCAACAACCGCACCAAGUGUUUCGUCGACCAGUACCAAAAGUUCACCGUCACUGCGCCUAAUGGUACGGAGGUACCUGUUAGGGGCAACUUCACCCUUGGGGAGAACAUCGCUGACGCAGGUGGCGUCGCAACAAGUUACACGGCAUGGAAGAAGUUGCAGGCGGACAAGAAAGCCAAAGAUGUUGACUUGCCUGGUCUGCAAAAAUUCUCGCACGACCAGUUGUUCUUCUUGAAAUGGGCUCAGAGUUGGUGCGGCAAGUCGUCUUCAAAGGAGUACGAUGUCUACACCAUUGGCUCUGACGUCCAUUCCCCCGGGUUUGCCCGCAUCAAAGGACCAUUGGACAACUCGAAGGACUUCCGCAGUGCAUUCAACUGUCCUCAGAAGCAGCCUACAUGUGAGCUCUGGUAG